GAUACGCUUUUGUUAUGUAUCGAUAUUCGUUCACGCUAUCCAACACAAUUCUUUCACCACAGCUUCUUCAAUCAAACCCUCUCUCCAAGCCAUGGGAGCUUAAAGAUUUUCCUCUUUGAUGCUUCAAACAAGGUCUAACAGACAUGGCUGAUUCCUCAAAGAACGAUCUCUUACACCUGAUUAAGAGAAUUGGGGCUUAUCUAUCCACUAAGGUUUCAAAAUUUUUAAACAUCCAGGAUUUACGAUCUUUUUGGGCUAUAGCGGGGCUUGCUGUUGCAGUAAUUUAUACAUGGAGAGUGUUGAGAACGUCUAAUGGAUCUCGAAGCAAACAGCCUAAACGUCCAGCUCCCGCACCUAGCACUUCUGGAUUCAAUACUCAUCCAAAUGAAAAUGUGUUACCUUCUGGUGUUGGUUCAUCUUCCAAGGAUUCAAGAGCACAAAGUGCUAUUGAUGAGUUCUUUCAGCCUGCAAAUCCUACUUUAGGACAAAUAGUCAGGCAGAAAUUAGGUGAUGGAAGGAAGGUAACUUGCCGUUUGCUUGGGGUUAUACUGGAGGAAAACACUCCCGAGGAGCUUCAGCAGAAUCAAGCAACAGUGAGAUCCUCUGUCUUGGAAGUUCUGUUGGAGAUCACAAAAUAUUCUGACCUUUAUCUCAUGGAAAGUGUUCUGGAUGAUGAAAGUGAAAAGAAGGUUUUAACGGCAUUGGAAAAUGCUGGAGUUUUUACUUCUGGUGACCUGGUUAAAGACAAGGUACUAUUUUGUAGCACAGAGAAAGGACGGAUGUCCUUUGUUCGGCAGCUGGAGCCAGAUUGGCAUAUAGAUUCGAAUCCAGAAAUUACUUCUCAGUUGGCGAGGUUCAUCAAACACCAGCUUCACAUCAAAACAGAACCCGAAAGAAUCGCGUCUAACGUUUUCACCUCUUCAUCACUAGAACAGUUUUUCGGCGUUUGACUUUUGGGAACAAGCCAAGGCUUGUAAUCCGAAGGUCCAUUAUGUGGGUUUGUGUUUUCUUUACGUUACAUGCUUGAUGCUUGUGCAAUAAGUAUGGUUCUGCAACUCAAAAAGAACUGGUUCUUCACUCUUUAGUGUCUGUCAGUUUGUAUUAGACAAGAGAAAGAAACAGUAUAAUUACUUGAUGGUGGAGUUUGUUGGAUGUUUCAAAGAACCUUCAGAUACUUACG